AUGUCAGAGUCAGAGGAGAACGGAGAGGGGCCCCCCAAGGAUUUGUCCCCCUUGGCCGAGGCCCUGGGGCAGCCGCUGGGCUGGGGGGGCUCCGGGGGGGCUGCGGGGACCCCCCCGGGGCAGCAGCGGCAGCGCCGCCCCCCCCACCCCAAGCACAAAGCAGGGCGGCUCCGGGGCGUCCAUCGCUCCCCCCGCGCCCUCUUCUGCCUCCGCCUCAACAACCCCGUCAGGAGGGCGGCCAUCAGCAUCGUGGAGUGGAAACCCUUUGACAUCCUCAUCCUCGCCACCAUCUUCGCCAACUGCGUGGCCCUGGGCGUCUACAUCCCCUUCCCCGAGGACGACUCCAACGCCUCCAACCACAACCUGGAGCAGGUGGAGUACGUGUUCCUCAUCAUCUUCACCGUGGAGACCUUCCUGAAGAUCAUCGCCUACGGGCUGGUGCUGCACCCCAGCGCCUACAUCCGCAACGGCUGGAACCUGCUGGACUUCGUCAUCGUCAUCGUCGGGCUGUUCAGCGUCAUCCUGGAGCAGGUGUCCCACAAGCCGGGGGACGCCCACCACAUGAGCGGCAAGCCGGGCGGAUUCGACGUCAAGGCCCUGCGCGCCUUCCGCGUCCUGCGCCCGCUGCGCCUCGUCUCCGGCGUCCCCAGUCUCCACAUCGUGCUCAACUCCAUCAUGAAGGCCAUGGUGCCGCUGCUGCACAUCGCGCUGCUCGUGCUCUUCGUCAUCAUCAUCUACGCCAUCAUCGGCCUCGAGCUCUUCAUCGGCCGCAUGCACAAGACCUGCUUCUUCAUCGGCUCCGACCUGGAGUCCGAGGACGAUCCCUCGCCCUGCGCGUUCUCGGGGCACGGGCGCGCCUGCCUGCAGAACAACACCGAGUGCCGCGGCCGCUGGGAGGGCCCCAACGGCGGCAUCACCAACUUCGACAACUUCUUCUUCGCCAUGCUCACCGUGUUCCAGUGCAUCACCAUGGAGGGCUGGACCGAUGUGCUCUACUGGAUGCAGGACGCCAUGGGGCACGAGCUGCCCUGGAUUUACUUCGUCAGCCUCGUCAUCUUCGGCUCCUUCUUCGUCCUCAACCUCGUCCUGGGGGUGCUCAGCGGCGAAUUCUCCAAGGAGCGCGAAAAGGCCAAAGCCCGCGGAGAUUUCCAGAAGCUCCGUGAGAAGCAGCAGCUGGAGGAGGACCUGAGGGGUUACAUGGACUGGAUCACCCAGGCCGAGCUGGAGGGCGAUGAGGAGGAGGGAGAGCACGAGAGGCACCGUCUGACGGCUGAGGAGCUGAUGGGGAAGAGGAAACCCAGGCUGAAGUGGCUGCGCCACGCCAGUCAUUCCACGGACACCCACGCGAGCCUCCCGGGCAGUGAAACCACCUCGGUCAACACCGAGACCGUGGGGGAGGAGGCGCCACCGACCGCCUGCGACCGCUGCCUGGGCAAAAUUACAAAGACAAAAUUCUGCCGCCGGCUGCGCCGCCUGAACCGGCUGUGGCGGCGCCGCUGCCGCGCCGCGGUGAAAUCCGUGUCCUUCUACUGGACCGUGCUGCUGCUCGUGUUCCUCAACGCCCUCACCAUCGCCUCCGAGCACCACGGGCAGCCGCCCUGGCUCACCGAGACACAGGCCUACGCCAACAAGGCGCUGCUGUCGCUCUUCGCCGCCGAGAUGGUGCUGAAGCUCUACGCUCUGGGCCCCUCGUGUUACUUCGCGAGCUUCUUCAACCGCUUCGAUUGCUUCGUGGUGUGCGGGGGCGUGCUGGAGACCGCGCUGGUGGAGCGGGGCGCCAUGGAGCCGCUCGGCAUCUCCGUGCUGCGCUGCGUGCGCCUGCUGCGCGUCUUCAAGGUCACUCGGCACUGGGCGUCCCUGAGCAAUCUCGUUGGCUCCCUGCUGAACUCCAUGAAAUCCAUCGCCUCCCUGCUGCUUCUGCUCUUCCUCUUCAUCAUCAUCUUCGCCCUGCUGGGCAUGCAGCUCUUCGGGGGCCGCUUCAGCUUCGACGAGACCCAGACCAAGCGCGACACCUUCGACACCUUCCCCCAGGCGCUGCUCACCGUGUUCCAGAUCCUGACGGGGGAGGACUGGAACGCGGUGAUGUACGAUGGCAUCAUGGCCUACGGGGGGCCCGUGUUCCCCGGGAUGCUCGUCUGCGUUUACUUCGUCAUCCUCUUCAUCUGCGGGAACUACAUCCUCCUCAACGUCUUCCUGGCCAUCGCCGUGGACAACCUGGCCGAUGGUGACAACAUCAACUCGGGGGGGGGACAAAAGGACAAGGCCGGGGAGGAGGGGACAGGGACAGAGAGCCAGGAAGUGGCGGUGAAGGUUGAGGGGGAUCCGCAGGAGGAGGAAGAGGAGGAGGAGGAGGAAGAGGGAGAGGAAGGUGACGAGGAGCCAGGGGGGGACAGGGACAGCCUGGGCAGGGCCCGGUUGGAGCCCCUGGAGGAGCCCCCCAAGACCAAGGUGACCCCGAUCCCCGAGGGCAGCGCCUUCUUCGUGCUGAGCAGCACCAACCCCCUGCGGGUGAAGUGGCACGCGCUCAUCAACCACCACAUCUUCACCAACCUCAUCCUCGUCUUCAUCAUCCUCAGCAGCAUCUCCCUGGCGGCCGAGGACCCCGUGCGCGCCCACUCGCCCCGCAACCACGUACUGGGGUACUUCGAUUACGCCUUCACCUCCAUCUUCACCGUGGAGAUCCUGCUCAAGAUGACGGUGUUCGGGGGGUUCCUGCACAAGGGCUCCUUCCUCCGGAACUGGUUCAACCUCCUGGACGUGCUGGUGGUCGGCGUCUCCCUCAUCUCCUUCGGCAUGCA